CCAUAAGAGGUUUAAAAAAGGGACCUCCUCCUCUUGCAAUGCAAAGCAACUAAGUAAUAAUGCUAAGCGAAGCCUCUCUCUCUCUCUCUCUCGCUCUCUCCUCUUGUUUUUGAUUUGUUCAAUGUUUAAUUUCUUGGUAUUUUUAAUGUUUGAGGGAUUUAUGUGCAAGGAGUGGGCAAAGGAGUGAACUUUUUUUUGAGAAAGAGUGGAUUUUAAAUUUAUUUUGUCUUGUUUUGUUGUUAAUUUUUGAGUUUUCUGAGUCUUAAAAUGGCUAAAAAGGUGAGCUUUUUGGACCAAAAAAAGAAUGUUUUAGGGAGUUGUUGAAGUUAUUUUGAUUUGUUUUAUUGUUAAUUAUUGAGGUUUAAGUCCAAAGAGGGUCAAAAAAAAGGAAAAAAGUGAGCUUUUUUGAGGUUAUUUUGAUUUUUGAGGAUCCAAUUAAGUAGAAAGAGAUAGAAAAGGAUUGAGCUUCUUUUUUUUUUUUAGCAGGGAAUUAAUGGUUUUUUCUUGGGUUUUUAAGUUGAAAGAGGUAAAAAAGAAGUGAGCUUUUUUAACAAUGAUUUUCCUUUUUCUUUUGUUGUUAAUCCUCGAAUACUCAUUGCUAUUUAGAAAGAGAAUUUGAAAAGCAAGGAGUGGAUUCUGAGUUUCUUGUGUUGAGAGAUGUGAUCUUUUCCUCUAUAUUUGGGUAAUAUUUUUUUAAAAAAAACAAAAAUCUUUCCCUCAAAAUACCAACGAAGGAGAUCAAAAUGCCCCUCUUUUCAUUUCUUUUUUUAAAAAAAAUCAUAGUCAUGCACUAGAACUCCUCUUCAAGCAGCUGUUAGAAGUGUUCUUCUUUCAAUGAUCCUUCUUACUGUUCCUUUUCUCAUUUGAUUCUUUUAUAUAUAUAUAUAUGUAGUUAGAUGUUACAAGUAAUGAUAAUGAUGAUGAUGAUGAUGAUGAUGAUGAUGAUGGUUCUUUGAUCCAAAUGCGAAAUCCAAUCCCCUGUGAACUCCUCAUCCUCCUCUCCCUGCUCUUCUCCUCCUCGUCCGGCGCGGAAUUCCCGCAGUGCAACUGUGACGGCGACGGCGGCAGCGGCUGGCCCGCCGUCGAGGCGAUCCUCCGGUGGCAGAAGGCGAGCGACUUCCUGAUCGCCGCGGCCUACUUCUCCAUCCCGCUCGAACUGCUCUACUUCGUGACGUGCUCCAGCCUCUUCCCCUUCAAAUGGAUCCUCCUGCAGUUCACCUCCUUCAUCGUCCUCUGCGGCCUCACCCACCUGCUCAGCGUCUUCACCUACGAGCCGCACUCGUUCGUCCUCGCGCUCGGCGUCACCGUCUCCAAGUUCUUCACCGCGUUGGUCUCGUUCCUGACGGCCGUCACGUUCCUGACCCUGAUCCCGCAGCUGCUCCGCGUGAAGGUCAGGGAGAGCUUCCUGCGGCUGAAGGCCCGCGAGCUCGGCCGCGAGGUCGGCCUCAUGAAGCGCCAGGAGGAGGCCGGCUGGCACGUCAGGAUGCUCACCCGCCAGAUCCGCAAGUCCCUCGACCGCCACACCAUCCUCUACACCACCCUCGUCGAGCUCUCCAGGACUCUCGCCCUCCGCAACUGCGCCGUCUGGAUGCCCGACCACGCCGCCGCCGCCAUGACCCUCACCCACCAGCUGCCGCCGCCGGGCACGAGGAAUUCUGCCGUGCUUUCCAUUCCGAUGGACGACCCGGAAGUCGCGCGCGUCAGGAGCACCGACGGCGCCAAGGUGCUCAAUUCCAAGUCCUCGCUUGGCUGCUCUAGCGGCGGAGAUGAAUUCGAAUUCGGCGCGGUCGCCGCCAUCCGAAUGCCGAUGCUCAAAGUCUCCGACUUCGAGGGGGGCGCGCCGGAGGUGAUCGAGGCGUGCUACGCGAUACUGGUGCUGGCCCUUCCGAGAGACGGCGCGAGGGCCUGGAGCCCGAGCGAGCUGGAGCUCGUCGCGGUCGUGGCCGAUCAGGUCGCGGUGGCUCUGUCCCAUGCCUCCGUCCUCGAGGAAUCCCAAUCCAUGAGGGACAAGCUGGAGCAGCGGAACAGGGUUCUGCUUCGCGCGAAGCGGAAUCUGUCCAUGGCCAACGAGGCGAGGAAUGCGUUCCAACGGGCCAUGAGCCGAGGAAUGCGAAUGCCGAUCCACUCGAUCCUCAGCCUACUGUCCGUAAUGCAGGAGGAAGAGAAUUUGGGCCCCGAGCAGCGGCUCGCGAUCGAGGCCACCGCGAGGGCGGGGAGCGUGGUCUCGACUCUGAUCAACGAUGCCAUGGAAAUCUCGGUCGCGAACAGGGAGCAGUUUGCUUUAGAAAUGAGCCCCUUUCGGCUCAAAUCGCUGGUCAAAGAAGCCGCCAGCGUCGCGAGGUGUCUGUGUGAUUCUAGGGGGUUCGGUUUCGGCGUUCGAGUCGAGAAUUCGAUCUCCGAGCGAGUUGUGGGCGACGAGAGGAGGAUUUUUCAUGUCAUACUGCAUAUGCUUGGUAGUCUUUUGCAUUCGCGCGAGGAAGGGUUUCUAACAUUUAGGGUCUAUACCGACAGAGAAGCCGAAGAAUUGCAGGGUCGGAGAUGGGCUCAGCUGAGGACGAACCUUUCCGGCGGGUAUGCGAUUGUGAAAUUCGAGAUCGGGGUUAGAAGACCGCAAAAUUCUGAUUCGGUCCCUCCGAUUCCGCUCGCGAAGCCCCCGAACAGCGAGGGGUUUGAUAUGGGCCUCAGCUUCAGUAUGUGCAAAAAGCUUGUGCAGCUAAUGCAGGGAGACAUCUGCGCAGUUUUAAACUCCCACGGCCAACCCGAGAGCAUGACUCUCGUCCUUCGCUUCCAACUUCGAACCGCCGCUUCUGUCGAUCGCCACCGUUCGUCAGCAUCCUCCUCCUCUCUCGUCAAGGGCCUCAGAGUCCUUCUAACCGACGAGGACGGCGUCAACCGAACCGUAACGCGAAAGCUCCUCGAGAAACUGGGCUGCUUCGUCUGUACCGCCGCGUCAGCAGCUGAGUGCUUGAGUGUUCUCGGCGCGUCCAUCGCGCCAUUCCAGCUCGUUAUUCUCGACCUCGACUUGAAUCAGAUCAGCGGGCUCGAAUUGGGUUUGGCGAUUCGGAAGCUUCGAAGCGGGUCUUGGCCGCUGAUUGUGGGUCUGACGGCGGGUGCGAAGGAAGAUGCGUGGGAGAAAUGCAUUCAGUCGGGGAUGAGCGGUCUGAUUCGGAAACCGGUUUUGCUCAGAGCAGUGAAAGAAGAGCUCAUCAGGGUUCUUCAAAACACAUAGAUCAGCAAAUGUUUCUGGUUCAUCGAAUCGAUUUUCGGCGAUUAUUUCGUGUACAAAAAGAAUAGUGGGGACUUUUUUUGCUUUUCGGUGGGCCGAGGGUUUGGUAUGAUAAAAGUUUCCUUUGCUAGUGUUACGCAAUUUUUAGUGUUCGAGUAAUCGAUGUGUUAUUGUUCAAUUCACUAGUUAUAUAAUUGAGAAUCUAUGUUCUUUUGCGUAGCAGUUUUGGUUCUGAA